CCAAUGACAUAACUUUAAAAAGUGAUUUUUUUAAUAAAUUAAUAUUUUUGUAUGUUUUAAAAUGUCUCUUUCAGAAAUUUAAUAACGUAAAAAAAGUAUAUUAUAUUUCGUAGAGAAAAUUUUGAUGACAAGCAUUCUUCCUUCUUCUUCUUCCCAUUCAGCUGAUGCUAAAAUGGAAUCUUCAGAUCGCAACUCCGAAACAACUUAUCUAUUUCAUUUUCCAUUUAAGCUGCCCUCUUCUCAGUUCUCAGACCACCGGAGUUUCACUUUCACCGGAAACUUCAACGGCGAAUGCUUGGGUUUUUGUUGCGCUGAAAUAGGGAUUCUAUGGCGACUACUGUAGUGGACGACGAGGAAGAGCUCCUAUGGGCGGCGAUUGAGCGACUUCCGACUUACGAUCGGAUGCGUAAGGGAAUGCUCCGACAAGCGGUGGAGAAUGGGAGAGUUGUUUACGAUGAAGUGGAUGUGAGGAGGAUGGGUUUUGAGGAGAGGAAAGGAUUGAUGGAAAGAAUGGUGAAGGUUGUUGAAGAAGAUAACGAGGAAUUUCUGAGAUGGAUUAGAGACAGAAUGGAUCGAGUUGGGAUUGAAAUUCCAAAGAUCGAAAUUCGUUUUGAGAAAUUGUCAGUUGAAGGAGAUGUUUACGUCGGGAGUAGAGCUCACCCGAAUUUGAUCAACGUCGCACUCAACACUUUUGAGGUAAUUGUUUUAAUAUAUUUAGUUUAUUAGUUACAUUUGGCUAUAUCUACAAAAAAAAACAAAAUUUAUUUUAAUCAAUCAAAUUUGUAGAAGUGUUUACAAAUAUUGAAAACAUUACCAUCUAUUAAAUCGAGAUAGAUUAAUAGACGAGAACAAUGAUGAUGGUAGCAUAUUAUGAUGUA